GCCUUAAACUUCAUAUUUUUUUUUUUUGUUGAUCUGCUGAAUAAUUAAUAACUCAUUUUGGAACUGUUUGGCUCAAUACUACAGUAGAUUGUGCAUCGAAUAAAUAUCUGAUUCGAUUGAAAUAUUUGAGUUGGUGCAGUGAACAAUGGUUUUCUUUAAGGGCGGCGUUUCUCUAUUAUCCAAGCUUCGGUCGCGCGCUGUUCAACAUCCUAGCCUCCGAGAUUCAGUACGCUGGCUUCAAGUCCAGACCUUCUCUGAUCUUGACCUUCAUUCUCAGCUGAAAGAAUUGAUUCCAGAGCAGCAGGAGCGUCUAAAGAAAAUCAAAUCAGAGCAUGGAAAGGUUCAGCUAGGGAACAUAACUGUUGAUAUGGUUCUUGGUGGGAUGAGAGGAAUGACAGGAUUGUUAUGGGAAACCUCAUUACUUGAUCCAGAAGAGGGAAUUCGCUUCCGAGGUUUGUCUAUUCCUGAAUGCCAGAAGGUAUUACCUGCAGCAAAGCCUGGUGGAGAACCAAUGCCUGAGGGCCUCCUUUGGCUUCUUUUAACGGGAAAGGUACCAACAAAAGAGCAAGUAGAUUCGUUAUCAAAGGAAUUGAGAAGUCGUGCUACCGUCCCAGAUCAUGUAUACAAAACCAUCAACGCCUUACCUGUUAAUGCUCAUCCAAUGACUCAAUUUGCUACUGGUGUGAUGGCCCUUCAGGUUCAAAGUGAAUUCCAAAUGGCAUAUGAAAAGGGGAUCCACAAAUCAAAGUACUGGGAACCAACGUAUGAGGACUCCCUAAGUUUGAUUGCUCAAGUUCCAGUUGUAGCUGCUUAUGUCUAUAGAAGGAUGUACAAGAACGAACAAGUUAUACCAAUGGAUGAUUCCCUAGACUAUGGUGGAAAUUUUGCACACAUGCUGGGAUUUGAUAGUCCCGACAUGCUAGAGCUUAUGAGGCUUUAUGUGACCAUCCACAGUGAUCAUGAAGGCGGGAAUGUUAGUGCUCAUACUGGUCACUUAGUCGCCAGUGCACUUUCAGAUCCUUAUCUCUCCUUUGCUGCUGCAUUAAAUGGUUUAGCCGGUCCACUUCAUGGUUUGGCUAAUCAGGAAGUCUUACUAUGGAUUAAAUCUGUGGUAGAGGAGUGUGGAGAGAAUGUUACCAAAGAAAACUUGAAAGACUAUGUCUGGAAAACAUUGAACAGCGGCAAGGUUGUUCCUGGAUUUGGACAUGGAGUUCUGCGCAAGACAGAUCCAAGAUACACGUGCCAGAGAGAGUUUGCACUGAAGCACUUGCCCGAUGAUCCGCUAUUCAAACUGGUUUCAAAUCUUUAUGAAGUAGUGCCUCCUAUACUCUUAGAACUUGGCAAGGUUAAAAACCCUUGGCCCAAUGUAGAUGCCCACAGUGGAGUGUUGCUCAACCAUUAUGGAUUAACUGAAGCAAGAUACUUCACUGUUCUCUUUGGUGUAUCAAGGGCAAUUGGUAUUUGCUCGCAGCUUAUAUGGGACCGGGCUCUAGGAUUGCCACUUGAGAGGCCAAAGAGUGUUACAAUGGAAUGGCUUGAAAAUUAUUGCAAGAAAGCUGCUUAAGAGUGAAAGAAAUGUUGCCGGGUUAGAGUACUGUUAACAAUUUUUGUAAUAAUAAUUGCUUGAGCAUUUUCUUGUGUGGUAGAAACGAUGUCAUGGGGUCAAGUGGUAUCUCACUUCAUGUCCGUCUCUGCGUUAAUCUAUUUUCAAGUCGGGAAAUUACAUGAAUUAAGAAGCUGUUUGUUCUUUUUCCCUCAUUAUUCAUUGUUCGAGUUCAGCAGUUGCGAUUUUCCAAUUCAUGGACCCAUAAGUUGAUUGGAGCAUGUGCAGUGAUAGGUUGAUAUCAUAAUGAUUUUAUCUUUGGCUUUUGCUGACAUUAUGAGGUAAAUAUCAGUUAAUUUUUGUUCAACUCUUGAC